GGUGGCGGGGGAGAGAAGAUUUGAAAGAGUCUUUGACGUCAGCCCUGCCCUAUAAAAAGCUGGCAAGAAGCUGGAAAGCGGAGAUCAGAGCUCGUGGAAGAGCAAAGAUGCCAACCCCGAACACCUCCACCUCUGCAGCCAAAGGCUUCCGCAGGGCGGUGUCAGAGCUGGACUCCAAGCAAGCUGAGGCCAUCAUGUCUCCGCGGUUCAUUGGUAGACGCCAAAGCCUCAUUGAAGAUGCCAGGAAGGAAAGAGAGGCUGCAGCUGCAGCUGCAGCCUCUGAUGCCACAGAGUCUACGGAGACCAUUGUUUUUGAGGAGAAGGAUGGGAGAGCCAUGCUGAACCUCUUCUUCAUGCUCAAAGGAACCAAGACUUCACCACUGUCCCGUGCAUUUAAAGUAUUUGAGACAUUUGAAGCCAAAAUUCACCACUUGGAGACCAGGCUUAGCCGAAAGCCCCGUGAAGGGACUGCUGAACUGGAGUACUUUGUGCGCUGUGAAGUACACAGCUCUGACCUCAAUACUUUCAUUAGCUCCAUCAAGAGGGUAGCGGAAGAUGUGAGGACCACUAAGGAAGACAAAUUUCACUGGUUUCCCAGAAAAAUCUGUGAAUUGGACAAGUGCCACCAUUUGGUCACCAAGUUUGACCCUGACUUGGAUCUGGAUCACCCGGGCUAUUCUGACCAAGUAUAUCGCCAGAGAAGGAAAUCAAUAGCAGAAAUUGCUUUUCACUAUAAGCAUGGGGACCCAAUCCCUCAUGUGGAGUACACGGCAGAGGAGCUUGCUACCUGGAAGGAGGUGUACAGCACCCUGAAGACUCUAUACCCCACCCAUGCUUGCAAGGAGUACCUCGAAGCUUUCAGUCUACUGGAGAAAUUCUGUGGCUACAAUGAGAACAACAUCCCUCAGCUGGAGGAGGUCUCCCGCUUCCUAAAAGAGAGGACUGGCUUCCAGCUCCGGCCAGUGGCUGGUUUGCUGUCAGCGCGGGACUUCCUCGCUAGCCUGGCCUUCCGUGUCUUCCAGUGCACGCAGUACAUCCGCCAUGCGUCCUCACCCAUGCACUCCCCCGAGCCGGACUGCUGUCACGAGCUGCUGGGGCACAUCCCAAUGCUGGCUGACAAGACGUUUGCCCAGUUCUCUCAGGACAUUGGGCUGGCAUCUCUGGGAGCAACUGAUGAAGAAAUCGAGAAACUUGCAACUCUUUACUGGUUUACAGUGGAGUUUGGACUCUGCAGACAGAAUGGGAUAGUCAAAGCCUAUGGAGCUGGGCUUCUGUCUUCAUAUGGGGAGCUCAUACACUCCCUGUCAGAUGAACCAGAGGUGAGGGAUUUCGACCCUGAUGCUGCUGCUGUUCAGCCCUACCAGGACCAGAACUACCAGUCUGUGUAUUUUGUGUCUGAGAGCUUCAGUGAUGCAAAAAAUAAACUGAGGAACUAUGCGGCACACAUCAAGCGUCCCUUCUCGGUGAAAUACGAGCCCUACACCCACAGCAUUGAGCUCCUGGACAGCCCUCAGACGAUCUGUCACUCCCUGGAGAGUGUAAGGGAUGAGCUUCACUCGCUGAUUAACGCGCUCAAUGUUAUCAGUUAAUAGGAGAACUGGGGUCUUUCUUUCCUCUCUUCCCUCACAGCCCCCAAACCACCUGCUCUGCCCUCACCUAGUUCCCAGCUGAUAACUCCUACCUGUCUUCUCCAAACAUUUACACUGCUGCCUGUCACCCCGUGACCCCAGCAGCUUCCCAGUUUUGUAAGUACGGCCAGCUCAGAGGAGGGCAGAGUGAUAGACCCAACGCCUGAUGGCUUUUUGGGUAGCUUUUCUAUUGACUGCUGGAAGAGGCUUAGCACAGACCAAAAGCAUGACCAGGCUACAAAUUUGAAGUCAAGAGCUUUCAUCUAACAAAACAAAAACUAAAAAAAAAAAAAAAAACAAAA